AUGGAGUUGAAGAACUUCUUCGCGUCUGAGAGGUUGGCGGAGGUGAAGGGGGGUUUGAGAUUUGGGGAUUGCGGGUGCUGUGAUGGGUCAUGGGAGGUUUACUCCUUUAGGUCCGUUAUUGACAUUGUUAGCGCUAGAGCCCGGUUUUUCGCAAUGGCCCAAAAUGAAAAGCCUGGAUGUUGA